AUAUAUUUAUUAUUAUUAAAUAUGUCUCACAGAAAGUUUGAGCAUCCAAGAUGCGGAUCUCUCGGAUUCUUGCCAAAGAAGAGAACUAAGAAGCACAGAGGAAAGAUUAGAUCAUUCCCAAAGGACGAUCCAAGCAAGCCAGUACACUUGACUGCCUUCAUGGGCUACAAGGCUGGAAUGACCCACGUUGUAAGAUACAGGGAAAGAAGACAGCACAGAAAGAUCAUUAAGAAGGACGUCGUUGAGCCAGUCACCAUCAUCGAAACCCCACCAAUGAGAAUCGUCGGUGUUGUCGGAUACAUCGAGACUCCAAGAGGAUUGAGAGCACUCACCUCCGUCUGGGCUCAAAACUUGACAAGAGAAUGUAAGAGAGUAUUCUACAAGAACUGGAUGAGAGCUAAGAAGAAGGCCUUCUCCAAGUACGCUGAAAGAUGGAGAUCUGACAAUCCAAAGACCUCAAUCCAGAGAGAUUUGGAUAGAAUUACCAAGUACUGCUCAGUCGUCAGAGUCCUUGCUCACACCCAAGUCCACAAGUUGAACUUGCACAGAAAGAAGGCACAUCUUCUCGAAAUCCAAGUAAACGGAGGAUCUAUUGCCGAUAAGGUUAACUUCGCCAAGGAGAACUUCGAACAAGAGAUCACCGUUGACCAGAUCUUCAACCAAGACGAAAACGUCGAUGUUGUCGGUGUUACCAGAGGUCACGGAAGAGAAGGUGUCAUCAAGAGAUGGGGAGUAACCAGACUUCCAAGAAAGACUCACAGAGGUCUCAGAAAGGUAGCCUGUAUCGGAGCCUGGCAUCCAUCCUCUGUUCGUUGGACUGUCGCUAGAACUGGUCAGAGAGGAUACUUCCAUAGAACUGAGAUUAACAAGAAGAUUUACAGAGUAGGAGCUGGAGCUAUUGACGGAGCUAACAACAACGCUACUACUGAGAACGAUAUGGAAAUCAAGAACAUUACCCCAGUCGGUGGAUUCCCACACUACGGAGAAGUCAACCACGCCUUCUUGAUGAUUAAGGGAUCAAUCAUGGGACCAAAGAAGAGACCAAUCACUAUCAGAAAGUCAUUGAUGCACCACACCAACACCAGCCACACUGAGACUAUUGAGCUCAAGUUCAUCGAUACUGCUUCCAAGAUCGGUCAUGGAAGAUUCCAGAGCAAGACUGAGAAGCACAAGAUCAUGGGCCCAAUGAAGAGAACCGCUGAGGUCAUCGAAGAAGAGCCAGCCGAGUAAUGAGCUUCCUUUUCUUAAAAACAUUCUAUUGAA